CGGAAGGUGGUCCCAGCCCCUGGGUUCCGAGGGUCUGGGGCUCUGCGUCUGUCCCCGGGGAAUGUGGAGAGCUGGCAGCAUGUCCGCAGAGCUGGGAGUCGGGUUCGCCUUGCGGACAGUGAACGAGCGCGUGCAGCAGGCUGUGGCGAGGCGGCCGAGGGAUCUCCCAGCCAUCCAGCCCCGGCUAGUAGCAGUCAGCAAAACCAAACCAGCAGAUAUGGUGAUUGAGGCCUAUGGUCACGGCCAGCGCACUUUUGGAGAGAACUAUGUUCAGGAACUUCUAGAAAAAGCAUCAAAUCCUAAAAUUCUGUCUUCAUGUCCUGAGAUCAAAUGGCAUUUCAUUGGCCACCUACAGAAACAAAACGUCAACAAAUUGAUGGCUGUUCCCAACCUCUUCAUGCUGGAAACAGUAGAUUCUAUGAAGUUAGCAGACAAAGUGAACAGUUCCUGGCAGAAGAAAGGUUCUGCUGAAAGGUUGAAGGUUAUGGUCCAGAUUAACACCAGUGGAGAGGAGAGUAAACAUGGCCUUCCACCUUCAGAGACAAUACCCAUGGUGGAACACAUAAAUACUAAGUGUCCCAGCCUGGAAUUCGUGGGACUGAUGACCAUAGGAAGCUUUGGGCAUGAUCUUAGCCAAGGACCAAACCCUGACUUCCAGGUGUUACUGUCCCUGCGGGAGGAGCUGUGUAGAAAGCUGAGCAUCCCCACUGACCAAGUUGAGCUGAGCAUGGGCAUGUCCAUGGACUUCCAGCAUGCAAUUGAAGUAGGCUCUACAAACGUCCGGAUAGGAAGCACCAUUUUUGGAGCCCGGGAUUUCUCAAAGAAACCUGCCCUGGACAAGAGUACAACAGACCUGAAGGCCCCAGUGGGGGUGGCACAGGAACACUGAGCUGAGGACAACCAAGAAGACUAACUAUGCACAAACCCUGAUUCUCAUUUUGAUAUCCCCGUGUUACAGCCCAAUCAUGCUCUCUUGUGACCUUGAUAGAGCACUGAUGAUCAUCACAUGUGUUGAUGGAAACCAUCUCACAUAGAAAGCUUGCUUCAGGCAGUGGCUCUGGAUUAAAUUUGAGAAAUCCAGUCUCUUCUACAGAGCAAAUACCAAAUCCGUAGCCAGGAAGUGAGUUUAAUGUUGAAUUCUGUGGACAAGCACCAACCAAUCUGUGAAUCUCUUUUUCAAGUUAAAAUUUGAGUCAUUGAGCCAAAGGUAGUGGCAUACACCUAUAAUCCCAGGGGGAGGCUGAAAGAGGAGUAACAUAAGUUGGAGGCCAGACUGUGUAACUUAGACCCUUAGCAAGUUUCAAAAUAAAAAGGGCUGGAUAUAGCUUAGUGGAAAAGCAUUUGCCUCACUUGUCUGAGAAUCUGGAUUCAAUCCCCAGUACUGGGGGAAAAAAAAAAAAUGGAGUCAUGAAUGCCUAUAAUUAUGGAAGUCAGAGGGAUUCCCCACCCUCCUCCCACUUCAAUAGGAAAUUCCUAUGAUUACAGACUUCUUACAAGUUGCUACUUAAUGGUCACCUUUGCUGCUCAGUAGAUAGGGAAGGCAUUCUCUGCUCAGGAAUGGCAAUAUAAGUAACAUAAACAGUGGUUUAAAUUAGGCUCCAAACACAAAUUUUUGCUAGAGGGAGUUUGUGUCAUUGACCACUGUGAUACUGACCCUGAAAUUACAGGGGUUAAUUGAUUGUAAAUAGGACCUGGGUCUUUCUGAGUUCCUUGUGAACAGACCGGAUUUUGAGCUUUUACCUCUAGGACCUACAGUGAUGGAAUUUAAUACAAUUUCUCCUCCACCAUAAUCCUCUUUCGGGUGACUUUCUAGACAAUAAAAUUGAAUUUCACCACUCCUCAAAAAUGAAAGUUCUAUCCAGGCACAGUGGUGCACACCUAUAUUCCCAGCCAUUUGGGAGGCUGAGGCAGGAGGAACUCAAGUUUGAGGCCCACCUGGGCAAUUAGUGAGACUAUGUCUCAAAAUAAAAAAGGGCUAGAGGUAUAGCUCAAUGGUAGAGCACUUCCCUGGCUCACAUAGAGUCCUGGAUUCUAUCCCCAGUACUGGGGGGAGAAAAAGAAAAAAAUUGAAGUCAUUAAAGCCAGUUCAGGCACAUGGUUUCAACAAGGCUUUCCUUUGACGUUUCCUUUCUGGGGAAGCGUUUUCUACGCACAUUUACAGCUCCCCGCUGUAUUUAUAAGCCAGAAUUUUGAAGCUCUUCUUGAUUGUUAAUAAAGCAUUGAUAUCUUCAAAAACCAGAAAGCACAAUUCUCUAACAGUCAUGACAGAUGGAUUCAACGUGGGUUGUUUAUUUUCUAGAUAGCUUUUUCUCUUAUUUGUUCAAGCCGUCGUCUUUAAUUUUAUGAAAUAACUUUGAGAACAUGAUGCUGCUGCUGAAUGUAAUUUUGUAACACACCAUUAUGAUUCCUGUACUGUUUAAAUCAAAGCUAUAGUGUGAUAUUUCAGAGUGUUAAAUAAAAUGUGAGUUUGAAUUAUACCAUCUGUGCCAAUUACAAAGCAAUUAAAAGAUUUAUUUUUUAUGA